UUCUCACACAUUCAUAAUCAUAAAAACACUCCGACAAGAAGAAAAUUCAUUCUUUCUCUAUCCAAUUCCUUUUUGUAAUUUGUUCAAUCUCUGUGUUGUGACGCCGGGGAUGCGAUUUCUGUGGAGUUCUGGUUUCCCAUCGAUCCACAUUCCGAUUGUUUUCUACUUGAAAGAUGAUGGCGAAGGGCGGUUUGUGGUGGGAGAAGGUGCGGAGAGGAGUGAGGACGGUUUAUUUCAUGGUGGCGAUGGUUUCGUCGCUGCUGCUGGUGGCGUUGCCGGUGGUGGUGGCGAUUGCCGACGCUGUUUUUCCUUGUUUGUUGAUAUCUAGCUUUACGUGCGUGAAUUGCUUUAGUUUUAGGGAACAUUUGGAGAGAUACGCCUUCAAGAGCUCGCUUCUGGAUAUUCCUCUUGUUUCCGUUAUCAGAUCUCUCCUUAUCAUCUGUGUAUAUACAAUGUGUGAUGGCCCAGCAUUAUCACACGGUCCCUAUCUAGGAACUGUAACAAUCUGCUCAUUCCUUUCAAUGCUUGUUCUUUCCAUCAAGGCGUGUGUAUUCACUCUUCAUUCACAACUUGAUGGUGAAGCAUCGGCUUCUCUUUCGAGGAAAAAGAUCCACCUGAAGAAAUCUUGGGGGAUGCCUGUGUUAUUUCUGUCAUCUCUUGUGUUUGCUCUUGGCCACAUUGUUGUGGCGUAUCGUACAAGUUGCAAAGCUAGAAGGAAAUUCAGUUUUCACCAUGACCCUGAGGCAGUGCUUUCUUGUAAAAUGAUUUUCACUGGUUACCAGAAGGUUCCACGAUCACCCACUCCUGUAGGGAAAUCUUUCCGAAGUGAGAGUGUCACGAGGAGAAGAUCACCGGGAUUGGUGCUGGAUGAUGGGGAACUUCCAGUCAGUUUACUUGCUGACAAGGACAGUUUAUUCCUCUCUUGUCUUGGGCUAACGGUUCAUUACAAGAUACACAUGCCAGGAUCACCUUCACGUUCUUUAUCCUCCACUACACUUUUUGAUGCACCAUCAUUAUGCAUUCCACAGAAGACCCAGUAUAGUCUUCGUAGGAGUAUCAGUAACCAGUUCUAUAGUAGUCGUUCCCCGCUUGAAACUCCCCUCCUGGCGAGCACUCCAACAUCCCCAAUAUCUGAGGACAUGCCUAUUUUGAGCUUGCAUGAGUCUUUUGAGGAGGUUGAACUCAGCAAGUUAGGGUCUCCAAUGGUAGAAAGAAAUGGGGAUGUGGUCGAAAAUUGUGGGAUUGUUCUAAUCCACGGAUUUGGAGGUGGUGUCUUCUCUUGGAGAAAGAUAAUUAGCACUCUUGCCGAACAAGCAGGUUGUCCUGUUGCUGCUUUUGACAGACCUGGAUGGGGUUUGACAUCAAGGCCAGUGAAGAAUGAUUGGGAGGAAAAUCAAUCAUCUAAUCCUUACAAGCUUGAUAGUCAGGUGGAUCUGCUACUUUCUUUUUGCACGGAGAUGUUUUCCUCAGUAGUGCUAGUUGGCCACGAUGAUGGAGGAUUACUUGCCCUGAAAGCUGUGCAGAAACUUGGGUCAUCAGCAAAUUCUGUGAAUCUGGAUAUAAAGGGUGUCAUAUUGCUGAAUGUUAGUUUAUCGAGAGAACUAGUUCCAGCCUUUGCCAGAAUACUUUUACGCACUAGUCUAAGGAAAAAGCACAUGGUGCGUCCUCUGCUACGAACAGAGAUCACCCAAGUAGUGAAUCGGCGAGCUUGGUACGAUGCCACCAAACUAACCACUGAAGUCUUGAGCCUAUAUAAGGCCCCAUUACAUGUGGAAGGUUGGGAGGAGGCCCUUCGUGAAAUCGGUAGACUAUCAUAUGAAACUGUCUUACAACCACAAACCGCAGCACUGAUGCUCAACGCAGUUGAGGAGUUGCCAGUUUUAGUUAUUGCAGGGACAGAAGAUGCUCUUGUCCCUUUAAAGUCUGUUCAGACUUUGUCUUCAAAACUACUAAAUUCCAGAAUGGUGGCUAUAUCUGGUUGUGGCCAUCUUCCACAUGAGGAAUGUCCGAAGGCGUUGCUCGCAGCCAUAUCUCCAUUCAUUACUAAGCUUUUACGAACACCAUAAUUGCUAAAGCUAUAGGCUGAUUGGGCAUACUUAUGUGACUAGUUGGUAGGUAGUUUUGUCUUGUAUAUUCUCUCCAGGAGGAAGAAGCCCAAGUUGUGCUCUCCUUUUGGUUGCAAUUUAUUUAUGUUUUCCCUCAUUUUAUUUCUUUCUUUUUUUGUUGGAAGUUUGAUUAAACAUGAGUUUUGUAAAACACUUGAAUGAAUGGAGAAGAGUAAUACAAUGAGUAAUCACAGUCUUGUGUAUUGUAAAACAACAAA